UAUCUGAAAACCAAACUCGAGGAAACAGGAAGUUGAUAUGAGAUUGACGCGGAUCUCAUCAUUCGCAGCAGGGUUUUACUUCUGCUUAUAUACUGCACGUUAUAGAUUAAUCAUUCAGUAACACUGUUAUAUUGGGAUUUUCCUUUAACAUUCCUCAUCAUGAUCGUCUUCGUUAAAUACCCCGAUGAUUAAUUUUUAUUGUAAAUAGUGAGUGCUGUGACCCCACCUAGAGAGUUACUCAAACAAUGAGUCUGGAAAGAGUGAGACUUUUGGAAGCCAGUCAAUUAUUAGAUAAGCUCAAAGAGAAAGGACACGGACUAGUGGCAGCAAUUUUGAGCGAUAAAGAUAUAUCCGGAGAAAAACUAAUAGAGCUAACGGAAUUUGAAACAAUAAGAUGGAAACUUCCAUUAAGUCAGAAAAAGGUGUUAUUCAAUUUCAUAAAGGAUCUGAAAGAAAGUCCAUCCUUGAUUUUGGAGGACCACACUAUCAAACCGAAACAAGAGUUUUCCAAAUCGACACGGAACCAUUUGGAAAAACCAAUAAUUUCAAAACCGAAACCCAAAGUCAAUAACGAUCAGAAUAAAGCCGCGUUCAAGCAAAAACUAGGAACAUUGAUCAGUGGUCCAGAUAUCCGUUCCGUGGAUUCGAAACCGACCCUUCCACUACGUGCCCCAGACCUGAGUGUACCUUUCCAUGGACAGUCCACUCCCCCAAGAUUCGAAAAAGGUAACAAUAGUCAACAGAAAGCAAGUUUUCCAGAUCCCCCGAAAGAUCAAGGAGGAGGAAGAAAACUUCCACUUCCUGAACCAACAGAACCACGAAAUGCAAAUAGAAACAGAAGUCCGUCGAAGCCUGUAUUUGUUAGUAAUAAAGGAAAAAUUCCCAUACCUGUGGAAUCAUCGACAUCCAGUCAGACCAGCACACCUACCAGAUCUAACGCUAUCAACAGUGAGAAGACUCGCGCAACGGACAAUAUACCAAAGCCUCCUCUUCCGUUACCAACGGAAAAGAAAGUUCAAACCAAACGUUCCGGACCUAACACUUCCACAGUCACCAAAGUGAAAUUUCCGCUUCCGGAACCAGUAGAGUCGAAUCCAGUAUCUCCCAAAGCAAGUACCACAUCAGCAGUUAAAUCAAAGCUACCGCUUCCACCCAAUGCGGACCGAAGACCUGCUCUGCCUUUACCAAACAAAGAAAGAACCCAGACUCCGACAAAGUCGAAACUACCGACUCUUGAUGACACGUACGUGGAUAUGUCUAAGCAAGACGAUAUUAACUACGGGUAUCUCACACCUAAUGACCUUGCAAUGUCCGGUAAUGAGCCUCAACGACUAGGUCUAUCGACACAGAGCUCAAAAGCCGCUGAAGAAGAUGAGCCUACAUACGACGAUCCUGACCAAGUUUACGAACCACCUCCCAGAAUAAAUUUGAUCAAACAGCCUUCUCCGGGGAUCAACAGAACUUCACCGAUGAUCUCAACGAGAGGAGUAGACAAUUCCAAUAACCAGCAAAACAAGGUCCCGGAAAACAGGGGGACAACUUAUAAGACCGAGGAGAAGCAGGGAAACGGUUUUCUGAAAAAUUUAUUCAAAAGGAAGAGCAAACUUUACGAAAAUGUGGAAAUAGAAAACAAUGGCGAACAUCGUGUGAAUGUUUCCAAAAAAAUCGAGCUCACGCUUUCCAGACCAUUACCAGAUUUGCCAACGGUGGUAAACACUCCGCCAAGAGUCGAGCAAAUUCCCAUUGGAGAACCUGCGGGUUAUAUCGAACUGACCCUACAUCCUCCCGAACAGGAAGAAUUUUACGAGAACUAUGAUAAAAAAAGCGUGAAAGAAUUACAGGAUGAGGAUGAAGAGGCGAACUACAGCAAUACUUCAGAACUUCGGCGUAGUCCUCACCCUACGCCAUUGCCAGUAGCUCCAACUGAUUUUAGUAACACACCUUCUCCCAAUGAGUUAGCUGCAAAACUUGCCAUGGACUUAAGAGCUAGGGUUUGGCGUAAUGAGGCCCAAUCAUUCGAUACGGACGGAAGCGACUUCGAAAUGGAUCCAGGAGAAGGCGACGAAGAAUAUCCAGAACAAAUUUACUCCAACGAAGGAGUGGCAGUACAUAACAAUUUGACGCAGAAGCCAAACCCAGCAAUUGUCAGAUCAGGAAACAGCAAAGCGAUUGAUCAGCAGAAUGUCGAUGACCAGAUGGAAGGAGGAAUUUAUGGAAACAUUGACAACCCUGCCGCAAACAUUUGGACAUCCAGAUCCCUCCCGCUAACACCAGUCGAUAGAGUUGAUACUGUGGAAAGAAGGAAGAAAACUACUGGAUUCAAUUACACCAGUCCACAGUUCACUCCUGUCAAAAAUAGCUCCACUCGUGGCAUGGAAGAAGAUGAGGCCGAACAAAUCUACGGGAAUGCCGAGGCUGAAAAGACUCAUGCCGUGGCUGAGAACUCUCAUGCGGAGAAAACUAGAGUUGACACUGUGGAAAGAAGGAAGAAAACUACUGGAUUCAAUUACACCAGUCCACAGUUCACUCCUGUCAAAAACAUCUCCACUCGUGACAUGGAAGAAGAUGAGGCCGAACAAAUCUACGGGAAUGCCGAGGCUGAAAAGACACAUGCCGAGGCUGAGAAGUCUCAUGCCGAGAAAACUUCAGUGCAGCGGGAGUCUAUAUUCAACAUCAGCAACGAGCCCUAUUACCGCUACACUGAUAGGAAAGGAGCAAAACAACUACUGCGACCCCUGAAAAAUGGAGCUUUUCUUUUCAGACCAAGCGAGAAGCAUUUCCUAGUGUUGACCACGAAGCACAACAACAAGUUCUACAACUUCGGAAUCGAGAGGUCGCAGGCCGGAAAAAUCCGGCUGACUGCUGAUUAUCGUUCGGAGGUCCCAGAGUUUUCCAGUUUGCAGGAAUUCGUCGAGUACUUCUCCAAAGAACCGCUCACGUUCCAGGAAGCAACAUCUUUGGCGAUGAUCUACUUGAAUCCGGUUCUUCCUGAGGAUGUAUUUUGAAUGUUCCAUAAAAUUUUUGAAGUUAGCGAAAUUUAUGUAUAAUAUUUUUCAAAAUUUGCUCUGCUGAUAUUCCAGAAGAAAAAAUAAUAAUUGGGUGUUUCUUAAACUCUUGUAAGUUUUUGAAGUAACCUUCUUAUCAGACUACACAGAGACAAAAAAUGAAACAGGUACUUCGAAAAAAGAUAUAUCAGAUGAAUUUAAUGAUCAUUUUUUUAGUGCGGGAAAAAUUGGCUAAUACUAUCAAACAAAAAUAUAAUGUGAAAUCAUCUAUAAACAUUCAUUGCCAACAUAAACAAUAGAAACUAACCUGAAUGAAAUAAGAGAAACCAUCAUGAAAUAAAAAAAUUAAAAACACCAGGUGCCGACAAUCUUACUGCUGAGGUACUUGAAAGUAUAAUGAACGAAAUAGUAUAUCGUGAAUUGGGGCCCCAGAACAGGAAAAUUUCCUGAAACCUUCAAAAGUGCGAUAGUUAAACCACAUUUCAAGUAGGCUAAUCAUGUCUACUUAUCGACCAAUUACUCUAAUGUUGAAUCAUGGUAAAAUAUAUGAAAUGUUUCUGAGAACACGACCAAUCUUAGAAUAAAAUUAUUUCUGAAAACUAAUUCAGUUUCAUAGGAGCUAUGUCAACAGUUGAUGCUAUUGUCUACUUAUCUACUACAACCAGUGAAAAUAUCGACAAAAUAGAUCCCACUCUUCGUAUAUUCUCGGUGAUUGCAUGUUAGUUGAGUACGGUAUUCUACAAGGAACCGUUAGUGGACCCUUGCUUCUCAAUGUAUACAUCAAUGACUUACUAAAACUAUCGAUAAACGAGGAAGUAUUAAGUUUUUCCAAUGAUACGGAGAGAAACAGCAGAACGUACAUUCUGAAAAGUACUCAAGUGGUUUAACAAUCACCUCCUGACAGUAAACUUGGAUGAAACAUUAUAUCUACUUUCCAUAUCGUACGCCAGAGGCUUUCCAGAUCACAACUCUUCGAAAAUAAGUGUAGAUAAUACGAUAGUUGAAGUCUACUCUAAGACCGGAAAAAUUAUUCUGCAGAGAAAUUAUUCUCACUCAGCUCGAAGCUACAUAACAAUUUUAAAAAUAGAUACCCAACCUCCCAAAAUUAGUAAUCCAUCAAUGUGUUAGUUGAAGUAAUAAAUACUACUUCUGAAUUCUUCAAUAUAAUUUGUAUUGGUAUAUUAGGUCUACCGAUGAAAUAUUUCCUUUUGUUAUUGUUUUCUUGUUUUGCUUUCUAUUUGUUGAUGUAUCAUUACCUAGUGACAAUCAUAUGUGUGCCAAAAAAUUGAAAAUAAAAUAUAUGGAAUUUACCACAUUCAA